CCAAAGUUUGUUGCCUUCACUUGACGGUUUUUGUACGCUUUCCGAGUCGCACUGCAUUUACUUCUCGUACAUAUUUCCGCAGUCGAUACCUCUCCACUAUCGCUACUCAACUUCAACUGAACUUCGGCACUAGGUCUACUACAAUAUGAACGACGUAGAAGAAGUCGACCUCUAUGAGGUCCUCGGAAUCACUACCAGCGCAAGCAAAAUCGAAAUCAAGAAGGCUUAUCACAAGGCUGCACUCGCCCAUCACCCAGACAAGGCCGCAGAGGAGGACCGCGGAGAAGCAGAGACCCGCUUCAAGGCCGCCAAACAAGCCUACGAGAUUCUCUCCGAUGACGAGAAGCGAUCCAUGUACGAUACCCAUGGCAUGGCCGCCUUCGAUCCCUCGCGGGGUGGUGGCAUGGGUGGGGAUCCUGAUAUAGACGACAUCUUUGCGCAGAUGUUUGGUGGGAUGGGCGGAUUUGGCGGUAUGCCAGGCAUGGGCGGCAUGGGAGGCAUGCCGGGUGGACCGGGUGGGAGAAAUGUACCCAGGAAGGGCCGGUCAGUCGAGCAAGACUAUGAGGUCAGCCUGGAAGAGCUAUAUAAGGGCAAGACCACCAAGUUCUCGAAUACGAAGAACAUAGUCUGCUCUGUAUGCAAGGGAAGCGGCGGAAAGCAAGGCGCUAAGAGUCAUGCCUGCACAAUGUGCAAUGGACGAGUAGGUGCAAAAGCCGUCCUCCGCCAGGUUGGCCCCGGCCUUGUCACCCAAGAGACCGUCCCCUGCGGCAAUUGUCAAGGAUCUGGUCAAGUCAUCCCGGAGAAGCAGCGCUGCAAGAAGUGCAAGGGCAAGAAGGUUGUCGAGUCCAAGAAUGUUCUCGAGCUCUACAUCCCACGCGGCGCGCGACAAGGCGAUCGGAUAACACUCGCUGGCGAAGCGGAUCAACUACCCGAUCAAGACCCUGGCGACAUCAUCUUCACGCUGACAGAGACCCCACACGACGUGUUUGAGCGCGCUGGUGCAGAUUUACGUGCGGAACUCAAGGUCAGCUUGGUGGAGGCCUUGACUGGCUUCAACAGGGUGGUACUUACGCACCUCGACGGUAGGGGCCUACAGCUCCAUGUCGAGCAACCGAAUGGCAACGUCCUGCGACCGGGACAAGUCCUCAAGAUUGCCGGCGAGGGUAUGCCUAUGAAGCGCAGUGAUGCCAGGGGUGACUUGUACCUCGUAGUAGACGUCGAAUUCCCGGAAGAUGGCUGGCUCAAGGACGAUGCUGCGCUGCAAAAGGUGCGCGAUGCGCUACCAAAGGACGAAAAGGACGAAGAGAAGCAUGAGGAAGUGGAAGAGGUGGACGCUGAGUUUGAUGCGGAUAUGGAAGAAUUCGGUGCGGGCUCUGGUGAUCCCAGGGCCGGAGGCGGCGAAUGGGAGGACGACGACGAAGAAGGCGAGGGUGGCCCGCAGUGCGCGACGCAGUAG